GUGCAUACGGGAUACGCGAUGAACGUUAACAUUGGUGAUCCGUUUAAGGAAUUCUUCGUUCUGCUUGAAACUGUAACAUCGCGUUUCUGGGUCGUUGGAAUCGACUGCUUCGACUGGCUUCCAUUUUGUCACGGCAAAACGAAGUAUUUGGUUACUGAAUCGAAAGGCGCUCGAUUUGAGUUAGUUCCAUGUAACCUGAAUUUCGACUAUAAGAAGGCGAUUACAUUCAACCCUUUUCGUUAUACUGAUCAAAUCUCGGUGCCGGAAAUGAAUGGUGCUGCCGCCUGGAAGUUUGAAAAUGCAACUUUCAGAACGGUAUCUAUUGUACCGUACCCCAUUUUGGAGGAAUACCAAAAAAUUAGUGGAGUAAUUGGUUUGGCAAGACUAAAUAUCCAGAAUGAAUUUACGAAAAACAAUCCAAUGAGAAAGGCCAUCCAUGCGGGUACUCCAGUCAUCACCAUUGCCCUACCGAAGCUGGAUACCAGACGAGAGGCAGUACUGACAGUUGGUGGACAUGAUAAUAAAUCUUGCAUUCUGGGAAGUGCGCUAAGCGAAUCAGUAAUUUUGAACGAGCGUUACGAUUUCACUUACCUUUCUAUUCAAAUGGGGUCUCUUAAGUUCCAGUCGAGAGCUGCAGCUGUCGCUUAUCCUCAUAUCAGUAAUUCGAACAUUGGUGUACCAAAAGAAUUCAUGCAGAAAAUUCUUCGCAAAACUGGAGCAAAGUUUGACGCAACAACGAAUAAAUACCUGGUGAAUUGUAAUGCAAAUUUUGAUUCGCUUCUUUUGAACACCGACAGUAACGGGUUUGCUGUCGAACCGGAGUAUUUCGUUCGGAAACACAGCGUGAGCUUUAAGUUUUAUGCAAAAUAUUUAAAUCUGUUGCAAAGAAUCGCAAAAAAAGAAAAAUGGAAAACGCUACUGGACUGUGAUUCUCAAAUCACCACGAUGUUGGUUUUAUAA